CGUAACUCGCGAAGGACCACGGACGACUCAGUUCAUAUACAACAAGAAUUGCUAUCUAGUAGAAUUGGUGGCUCGUUGCAAAGCAUAAUAUUCAUGUGUUUCUAGUACUUUCAAACCUUGCCGACAAGUGUGCAGAUUCAAACCCUACUGAAAGGAGCAAUACAAUAUGAACACCAAUAUAUAUAGACACUUGUAAAAACUUACACGUACAUUUAGAAGGAAUUGAAAUUGUAGAGGCGCAUCCGGUUUGAAGAUCCAUGAGCACCACAGAUGGGGUAUCCUACUUUUUGUGGCUCGACCAUCUUGGGCCAUCCACCUCAGCCACAACAAUACAUAAUACAUAAAUAUAAUCCCCCCCACCCCAACAAUCUGGGCACCAAAAACCUCUGCUAUCUGAUCUUUAAUUGAUAGAGAUUACACAGAAAAAAGUGGGUUAUUAUAGCAGAGGCAGCCGCCAUGCUAGAAGGCAAAGCAGUGAUAGGCGAAACAGAUAUGCUGCAGACCAUGCAGCGAGAUGCACUUGACUUAGCAGCAAAAGCCCUCGAUUUCUUCGACGUCACAGACUCCACUGAGAUCGCCCGUUUCAUUAAACAGGAAUUUGAUAGGGCAUAUGGAAGCAGUUGGCAAUGCAUUGUUGGGACGGAUUUCGCUUCAUUUGUGACGCACUGCUCCGGCUGUUUCAUCUAUUUCCACGUCGGCAGCCUCGCCAUUUUGCUCUUCAAGGGCUCAACCGGUUCCGACGCCGACGAGGAACCUCACCCGUUUCCGCCGCCUCUCCAAAAAGUAGCUUAGCUAGCUUGAAUAUCUACAUACUAUUCAAUUCUUUUCAACCAUCGCUCGUUGUAAAAUUAAUUAAUUUCUCACAUAUACAUACAUAUAUGUUCAAUCUUCUUGCUCUUCUAUCAUCAUUAUUCUUGAUAACA